CACGUCAACUCUCACUCCACAACUCAACUAAGCGCAAACCAAACCAACACAAACAAAAACAUCUCUCAGCAAAUGAAUAUUCUCGGACAAUCACUCCACCAAUCAAACAACGGCAGCUACUCUUGUUCGUCGCCGGAGACUGCAAACUCCUCUAACCUUCCGACCACUCCGAACGCCGUUCACUCCGACGAGGAAGUGAACACAUUAGCAUCGGCUCAUCCUAAGAAACGUGCGGGGCGUCGAAUUUUUAAGGAGACAAGGCAUCCCGUGUACAGAGGAGUGCGGCGGAGGAACAACAACAAGUGGGUCUGCGAGGUUCGUGUUCCCAACGACAAGUCCACGAGGAUUUGGCUCGGAACGUAUCCAACGCCUGAGAUGGCCGCACGUGCGCACGACGUCGCCGCGCUCUCGCUUCGAGGUAAGUCGGCGUGUCUCAACUUCGCCGACUCGGCGUGGCGGUUGCCCUUGCCGGCGUCGACCAAUGCGAAGGAGAUUCGGCGCGUGGCGGCGGCGGCUGCUGUAGCGAUUGCGGCGGAAGACAGCCGCGGCAAGCAGUUGCGGACUAAUGCGAUUGAUGCCGUUGCUGAUUGCGAAGUUAGCAGCAGUGACAUAGGCGUCGAUGAAAAUUGCAAUAACAAUAAAGCUUCGCAGAGGUUUUGUGAUUUGGAUGAAAUUACAAUGCCAGAUGCACCGGUUUUUGAGGACAUGCAUGAGUGGCUUCAGACUAUGGCUGCUGAACCAUUAAGAUCACCUACUUUUGUAACAUAUGUUAAUGUUAGGGAUGUCUGGAACUUUGUGGAGGAUGAUGCUGAGGUUUCCUUGUGGAGCUUCACCGUCUGAAGAGCAUGCAAUUUAGGCUUUAGGUGUAUUUAGUGUGUUUAGCUUUCUUUCUCUUCUUUUGGUUUUUGUACAUAAUUAGGAACGGAGGACUACGAAAAUGUACAAAGACCGAAACGAUAUAAGGAGAUAGCUAUCUAGGUAGGAACAUAAAAGUGUGAAACAUUGUAACUUUUCUCAUUCAGUUGUUUUUGUAAAAUAAAAGUUCUAUUUUCAUCAAUACAUUAUCAAAGACA